AUGACAAGCUCGGGGUCGGAUCUCGCCGACCUUUUGGGCUUGGGUGACAAGUCUUCCACUGGGAACAGCACAAGUGCUACUGUGUCCUCGAACGCUUUGAGCUCACCUACCAUUCCGGUCAGCGUGCCUGCUUCCGCUACCAGCUCACCGUCGACCACCCCAACCCCCUCUGGAACUUCAACUUCUGAUGGUCUCGUCAGUAGUCUCGUGUCAAGUGUGGAUUCCGUGCUUGAUCUCACCUCUACUGGCACUGGUAGCACUGCUAGCACUGCCUUGAUCCCGACUGCGUCUAUGCCAAAUGGUAGUCUUUUGCCGCCCAAGUCGACUGGUAUCAUUCCUGGUCAGGGGGGUACCACCACUGGUGCCAUCCCGACCCCAAUCAACACUGGUGCUAUCCCCACCUCGACCAAGACCCUGGGAUCAGUUCCUGUCCCACACUCCCCGGGCUCUGAUUCUACCUCAACUUCUGGAUCUGAAACUAUCUCUGGUUCUAGCACCGCCUCGGUUCCUUUGCUGGGCACUACCACUACCGCCUCUGUUCCCAGCAGUGGCUCUCAAGAAAGCUCCAAGAUUCCCAUCCCCACCUCUCACCCAGCCUCUACCCCCCUUCCCUCGUCCACUUCGACAACUUCGACAAUCUCGAUAACUUCGACGAGCGAAGAAGUGAGCACGGCCAAGACCACCGUGGAACCUCAGACCUCGACGGAGACGCAUACGUCCUCUACCUCCAACGACAACGACUGGAUGCCAUCGACAAUCCUUAUUGUGCCAACUGUCACUGCCACCGAGAGCUCGGCUUCCGGUCAGACCGCGAAGCCCACGGCACCACCGUCGCUCCCUGGCUCUAUCACCCCAUCGAACGAGGUCACCGAGCCUCCGUCUGACUCCAUCUUGCUCCAGCUUGGUUUCAACAGCCAGCUGCCCUGGUCAUUUGUUGCAACCACUCCCUUGUCGUCGUCGCAGAUCUUCAACUACACUCCGCAAGCUAUUGAGAAUGCUCUGCCAGCCCUCUCUGCUAAGGACGGCCCAGUUAUGUUUGCUAUUGAGCCUUACUACAACUGGCAGUCCACGGGCUAUAACGCCACCCUUGCUAUCUUCUACUUCCCUCGUGACAAGGUCGAUGCCCUGAAAGCGCUCAAGGUUAACCCUAACUCUGCUCUCUACACCCAGGCUAGCGAAUCCAUCCAGUCAUUGAUGUCGAUGGUUGACCCCACAAUUCCCCUCGAGUUCUCCGGAAACUACCCUAGUGGUACUAGCGACUCGACUGGCGGUAACAACAACGGUGGCAGUGAUGGUGGCUCCGGCGGUGGCAACAACGAAAACACCGAUGGCUCUGCCGGCACCUCCAAGGCUAAGGCUAGCUCUGUUGGAAUCGGAGUCGGUGUUGUGGCCGGUGCUGCCGCUUAUGGUGCGGGUAUGUUCUGGGUCGCCCGCCGCUACCGCAAGAGAAAGCAACUGCACCGGCGCUCUAGCUCGACUGUUGAGCAGAUGAGCCAGGGCGGUUCCGCUGCUGGUUCGAUGUUCGCUGCCGGUGGCCGUGCCCCCAGCCAUGGUAGCCGUGGAACUGCUCGUUCGCAGAUGAUCAGCGCUCCCGUUAUGGCGGAGAACUCGUUGGGAUGGAACUAG